AUGGAACUUGUUUCAAAAGAGUUUAUCGACAUUGUUCUCCCGGUGAAAAAGGAAACACCUAUUGGCGCGUAUAAACAAUGGCGAGAAUGGGCAGAUCCAAAAGUUUGUUGCGAUUGCAGUCUAACAGUUGGUAUUACUUCAUACAAUAACAAAACUGCAGAGGAAAUGGCAAAACUUGUUGAGCCAAAAUACGGGAUUAACUCUUUCAAGUUCUUCCUUGCUUACAGUGACUACAUGUUAAACGAUGGAGAAUUCUACCAUGCUAUGCUCCAUUGCACUCAGCUUGGUGCGUUGGCUCGUGUACAUGCUGAAAAUGGUCUUGUAAUUAUCGAAAAACAAAAAGAACUUCUAAGACACGGAGUUAUCGGCCCAGAAGGUCAUACUCAGAGUCGGCCAGAAGAGCUGGAAGCGGAAGCGACAAAUCGAGCCUGUAUACUUGCAUCAUUAGCAAACUGUCCGCUUUAUAUUGUCCAUGUGAUGUCUAAAGGUGCUGCAUUAGCUAUUGCUCGACAUCGUCAGAAAGGUGCUGUAGUAUUCGGAGAAUCGAUUGCAGCUGGCCUUGCUGCCGAUAAACUACUUAAUAACCAAGUGUUGGAAACGGAAAAGUUCUUAGAUGGUUCACAUUACUACAAUGAAGACUGGGCACAUGCAGCAGCUCAUGUUAUGUCACCGCCGCUUAGCAGAGAUCCCGGGCAAUUACAUUUGACUGCAACCGAUAAUUGUACGUUUACAAAAGCGCAGAAGGAAGCCGGUCGAGAAGAUUUCUUAAAAAUUCCAAAUGGUGUCAAUGGUAUUGAAGAUCGGAUGAGUGUAGUUUGGGAGAAAGGUGUUUACACUGGUAAAAUCGACCCAAUGCGUUUUGUUUCUAUUAUGAGCUCGAUGGCGGCAAAAAUUUUCAACAUUUAUCCUCAAAAGAUUCGGUUUAUAAUAAUUGGCACUGAACAGGCCAUACAAGCUAUGAAAGAAAUUUUUUAUUAUAAGGGAAGAAUUGCUCCUGGUUCAGAUGCUGAUGUUAUUAUCUGGAAUCCUGAUAGAACACGAGUUAUUUCUUCUUCAACGCACCAUCAAGCCUACGACUUUAACAUAUUUGAGGGCAUGGAGGUACAUGAUGUUUGCGAGAUGACCAUCUCAAGAGGCAAGGUUGUUUGGGAGAACGGAAAACUGAACACUGUUAAAGGUUCUGGAAAAUUCGUUCCACUUCCACCAUUUUCUCCAUACUGUUUUGCCGUCAUGCCUCAGAGAGCUCAGAUGUCAGCACCUAGAUCUGUAGAAAGAACCAUAAGCGACACAAGUUACGUUGACAACGACCAAAUCUGA